GUGAGGCGCGGCAAGGGGUGGGGCCCGCGGGCCGGCCGGGGCCUGACCUCCUGCACGUCGGGGCGGCGGACAGAGCCCAGGACGCCCGCCGCUGACCGAGUCUCGCUCCUCGCGCCCGGGCCAUGGCCGAGAACUCCGACAAGGUUCCCAUCACGCUGGCGGGGCCUGAAGACGUGGAGUUUUGCAGUCCCCCGGCCUACGCCGCGGCGACCGCGAAGCCUUCCAGCCCUGCGCGGCUGCUCCAGGUCGGAUCCGCCGUCCUCGUUUCGGGGGCGGCGCUGCUGCUCUUCGGGGCCGUCGGGGCCUUCUGCUUCUGGAAGGGGAGCGGCAGUCACAUUUACAAUGUCCAUUACACCAUGAGUAUCAAUGGGAAAUUACAGGAUGGGUCAAUGGAAAUAGAUGCUGGCAACAACUUGGAGACCUUUAAAAUGAGAAGUGGAGCUGAAGAAGCAAUUGAAGUUAAUGAUUUCCAGAAUGGCAUCACAGGAAUCCGUUUUGCGGGAGGAGAGAAGUGCUACAUCAAAGCACAGGUGAAGGCUCGUGUUCCUGAGGUUGGCGCUGUGACCAAGCAAAGCAUCUCCUCCGAACUGGAAGGCAAGAUCGUGCCAGUUAAAUAUGAAGAAAACUCUCUUAUCUGGGUGGCUGUUGACCAGCCUGUGAAGGACCACAGUUUCCUGAGUUCUAAAGUCCUGGAACUUUGUGGCAACCUCCCUAUUUUCUGGCUUAAACCCACGUAUCCAAAAGAAAUCCAGAGAGAAAGAAGGGAUGUGGUAAGAAAAAUUGUUCCGACGACCACAAGGCGGCCACACGGUGGGCCACAGGGCAACCCAGGGCCUGGAAGACUGUAUAAUGAAACCAGACCCAGUGUUCAAGAGGACGAAGAACACUUCAAUCCUGAGAAUCCUUACCAUCAGCAAGGAGGGGAAAGCAUGACAUUCGACCCCAGACUGGACCAUGAAGGAAUCUGCUGUAUUGAAUGCAGACGGAGCUACACUCAUUGCCAGAAGAUCUGUGAACCCCUUGGGGGCUAUAACCCAUGGCCCUAUAAUUAUCAAGGUUGUCGUUCAGCAUGCAGGGUUGUCAUGCCAUGUAGCUGGUGGGUUGCCCGUAUCUUGGGCAUGGUGUGAAUCACUUCAUUCCUUAGGUGCUGUCAGGUAAGAACUGAGAGUGGAACCGAAGCAACAUGAAGCGUGCUGAUGCCAAGGGACCACAAAGUAUUUUAUAUUCAACCCGAGUGAUGUUAUUCUAGGCACUCAUAAAAGAAUUUCUCAGCUGCUUUCCAGACCUUUACCUAGUGUGUGUAAAUGUACUGAAAGAGUAAAUCUACAGUACCAUAACAAUCCCUCUAUUAUUUGCUUUUGCUUUGAUAAUAAGGCCUACUAUAAGUCUUCCCAAGCUAUUACAAAAUAAACAUGAAAAAUAUUUAAAAUUU